AUGUACUAUCCACGUAGUCGCAAACUACUUGUUUACGGUUUCGAUUUUCAGCAGCAUCAUAUACCUCAGUCAGCUGAUUAUCGAAAGAAAAAGCAAGUAGUCCCGAUGCGAGUGUAUAUCUCACAAUUCGUACGUGUCGAUACUACUGAAGAAGACGAUGGCAAUUAUGCCGGUAUUCAGUUCAACAUACCUGGUGGACGUUCGGUUACAGCGGAAUACAUCGUUGAGUUGAUGGAGGUACAGCUGAAACCACAUCAUAAACCUUACGAAGUGCGACGCAAUUGGGCAGAACUAUUGGAGAAAUUUGCAACGUCACAGUUGGAGAGCAGAAAAAAAGAUGAUGAGCCGGUGCUUUACUUUAGAAGAAAUGUCCAAUUAUCAGAGACAAGAGAACAACAGAUUGUCACGUUCUGUUCAAAUGCGUUGGAUAUGUUGCUUACGGAUGCUCGUUCAUCGCUUUUUUUGGAUCGAUGUCCAAUGUCCCCAGAGAAUGCAGCCGAACUUGCUGGACUAGGGUUUGCCAUGGAAGAGAGCGCUUAUGAUUGUAAGAUACAUAAUGUGGAUUGGCUGAGAGUGCACAUCGAUGACCAGUUGCCUGUCCGAAUGGCUGACGUAAUUCGUGGGCCAAUGCUUCUCGGUAAAGCUCUCAGUGGAUUCAAUGAAUUGGAAAUUCGUAUUAUUGAAUGGUGGAAAAAAGGAAGCGUUAUACUUAAAGUGGAGGGAGUUAAGGAAGUUCGUCGGCAGUAUCUGGCUAAACUUCGAGAAUCAACACCAUGUUAUGGCGCUGCGUUCUUUCGAGGUCUAAUCGAACGUCCAGGAAUAAAUCCUCUUAACAUUAAAAAAGUUUUCAACUACUUGAUCAGUGGUGCACCAGAUACCGAAGUCCUUGUCGGUGUGAAUAGGGAGUUCAUCUCAAUAAUAGAUAUCAGUCGUCAUGAUUUGUUACUUGUGCAAAGGAUACCUGAUUGUACCUGGAGGAAACUUAUAUAUUCUCCGGAAGAAAUCAAGAAAGGAUACCAGCAUCUAUUAUUCCUUUCUUUUCCGGAUGAUGAUUACAUAAAGUCUCGUAAUGAUUUUCUAUCCGGAAAAUCGGAAAACCUUGCAGCAAUGAAAAUGAACAUACUUCAUAUUUUUUCGAGCCAAACUGUGCUUCUGAAUGCUAUGCUUAAUUCUGUGAAAUCGAGUCUGGUUGAUGAAGAGCAAGGUGUACGUGUUCCAGCUCCUAUAGGCUUUGUAACGUUUAACAACGUUUUUGUUGAGUUCAAUGGAGACCAAUCCAGCAUUUCGAGCGGUUAUCCAGCCCCUGGUCGAGUUACUAUAGCUCGAACUCCUUCGCUUUCAAAGUGUCACCGUAUGUGUUUAGCAAGCUUCGAGGAUGGUAGAUUCGUGAAGGCAAAGGGUAGUUAUAAGAAGGUGGAUUGGGAAACAAUCCAGCGCGGUAUUGAAGUAGUACUAUAA